UUUGUGCAAAAGUUGUUUUUGGAGAUCAUGAGAAGUCAAUAGAAAUAUAUACAAAGAGCAUAGUAGAUAAUGUGAAUUAUAUUACAAACCAUACUGCUUGGUGGCUUAAUUCAUCCCUAGCCUCAUCGUGGCCUAAUGUUCAUAUGGGCAUUAUCAAGACUCAGAUAUUAAUGCAGUCUCUUAAUCCAAUAUCUACCAAAGACGAUAAUUUCAAAAAGGCUAUUGAGCUCUCCAUUUCGAAUCUCAAAACAACGGGGCUCAAAAGGUAUAUGUUUUUUUAAUUAUACAACGUCUAGUGUAAAUUUUCUAAAAGCCCAAAAUAGGCAAGACUAGAAAUACACAACGUAAAUUCAAAUAAAUACAAACUAAUUUUAGUUACAAUUAUCAAAUUGUUAUAACAAACAAAACUGAUGAGAUUUAUAUGGAAGGAGAUCCAAAUUACUGCUAUUUAUUAAACAACACCUACGGUUUCGACAUUUUUCUGUCACGAUGGUACAACAAUACGACAGAACACAAACGUGAACUGAAUUCACGUCUUGUGCAAAAUUAUUUAUAUGGCAAAAACUUCACACAAAAUUUGCCGGACAUAAUGAUGAAAGUGUACAAUGCAGACAAUCUAACCGUUGUGGCUGAUGCUAUUAAAAAAGAAAAGCCGGGAAUAAUUUCGCCGCAACACUUUCGAUGUGGUCUUAUACUACGAACUUUUGCAUCAUGGCCGCUUAUUUCUUGUCCAGAAAUCAUAUAUAGGAAGUCGAAUUAUGGACGUGGACUCCUUGACGCUUCUCCUGUUUUUAGUUAUAGAAAAUCAGGAGGCAUAACCCACGUAUGUGAAGACUACAGAUUUAUCUUUUUCAUUUAAUUGCUUUAUUAAUAGCUUUAUUAAUCGUUUAUUUUUUACUUUGCUGUAUUUAAACUUUUUUUCAAAAUUUUUAGUUUUAAUAAAUUGAUAGAUAUUUAAAAAUAUUUGACAAACAAAUAAAAAUAUAUCCUCCUUUUUCCAUUUUAUCAUUUAAAAAAAUAAAAGUAAAAAUUGGUGAAUCAAUCCAAGUAACAUUUUUUCAAAAUAAAGUCAAAAUUUUUAAAAGAGUGAAAUCUCCCUAUAGUGACACCCCUAUGAACCGAAAUGAAUUGACGCAAAAGGAAGAUACCCCUUUAGUCGAAAUUUGGUUUACUGACAUAAGAGUGAAGAAGUCCAGGGAAGGAGAGUCAAAUAAGAGACCAAAAUACAGCCCUAUGGACCAGGGCCGAAUUAAGGCGACUACGAGGAAUUUGUUUAAAAAAAGGUGUAGUAAUAGAGAGAUUCCACUGUAAUUAAAGAUAAAAUUGUUGUUG